AUGACUGAUAGAUCAAUAUCUGUUGCAAAAGUAUAUGCAAAUGCAAAUCAACAAAAAUCUCAAUCAUAUUGGGAUUAUGAAAAUGUUAGUAUUGUAUGGCAAACUCAAGAAAAUUAUGAAAUUGUUAAAAAAUUAGGUCGUGGAAAAUAUUCAGAAGUUUUUGAAGGUAUAUCAUUAAAUAAUCAUGAAAAAGUUGUUAUAAAAGUAUUAAAACCCGUCAAGAGAAAAAAAAUUAAAAGAGAAAUUAAAAUUUUACAAAAUCUUGUUGAUGGUCCUUUUAUUAUUCAAUUAUUAGCCGUGGUUAGAGAUCCUGUUUCUAAAACACCUGCAUUAAUUUCUGAAUAUGUUAAUAAUUUAGAUUUUAGAACUUUAUAUCCAACUUUAACUUCAUAUGAUAUUAGAUUUUAUAUGUAUGAUUUAUUAAAAGCAUUAGAUUAUUGUCAUUCUCAAGGGAUAAUGCAUAGAGAUGUUAAACCACAUAAUGUUAUGAUUGAUCAUGAAGAAAAAAAAUUAAGAUUAAUAGAUUGGGGGUUAGCAGAAUUUUAUCAUCCAGGUACUGAAUAUAAUGUUCGAGUUGCAUCAAGAUAUUUUAAAGGUCCUGAAUUAUUAGUAGAUUUUAGAUAUUAUGAUUAUUCAUUAGAUCUUUGGUCAUUUGGUGCAAUGUUGGCAUCAAUAAUAUUUAAAAGAGAACCUUUUUUCCAUGGGAAAUCAAAUACUGAUCAAUUAGUUCAAAUUGUUCGUGUUUUAGGGACAGAUCAAUUACAUUUAUAUUUAAAAAAAUAUAAAAUUCAAUUAGGUACUGAAUAUGAAGAUCUUGGUCAAUAUACUAAGAGACCAUGGGUUAGAUUUAUAAAUCCAUCAAAUGAACAUUUAGUUGAUGAUGAAACUAUAAAUUUUAUUGAUAAAUUAUUACGUUAUGAUCAUCAAGAAAGAUUAACUGCUAAAGAAGCUAUGGCUCAUUCUUAUUUUGAUCCUGUACGUGAUGUUAAAGAGAAGUGA